UGGGUGGUGGGGGCUGGUUGCAGACCCCCAGUGGAAGGUCCAAAGGAGUCAUGUGCACAACCUUGUCCUCCCAUAACACAGACAGAGGGGACAGGAGAGGAGAGGAGUCACGAUCCAGUAACCCAACAUAAACCAGCUGUACAGUGUAUACUCGGUGUAUACAGUGCAAGAAGAGUGACUUGUUCUGCCUCUGCGUGUCACAUGCGCUUACUGUAGCUGGACAGGAAAGCCAGACCGAGUGCGGGCAUCCAGUAGCCAAGUGGCUGGUCGAUCCUGGACCAUGAAGCUAAGUGUGGCGUUGUUUUUUGCUGGGCUCUUUGGGGCGUUGGCAGCUGUGUUCAUCCUCCUCUCUUUUGGAACUGAUUACUGGCUGCUGGCCUCAGAGACCUGCCACCCAAACCCUGACGGAUCUAUUGGCCCGGGUGGUGUGACUAUAGAGCGUGGAGAUGUGGUGGUGCAGGAGGACAGUAGUGAUGUUACUCUGUACCAUGAGGGAUUUUUUUGGAGGUGUUCCUUUGGCGGCAGCGUGGGUGAUGACAACCUACUAUGGAAGCUCUGGUUCACAAAUCAGCCGCACUUAAAAGAGUGCAUGCAUGCCUACCUCUUCCCAUUCCCAGUGUCUCAUCAGACCCACAAUGCCACAGAGUAUGACUCUGCUAUAAUCUACAGAGGCUUCUGGAGCAUCUUCAUGCUCAUUGGCGUGGCAGCUGUUGUGCUCGGUGGAUUCAUCAUCAUCUGUGCGGCUCCAUUCGCAAGCCACCGUCUGUACAAAGCAGGGGGCGGCCUCUUCCUGGCAUCUGGCAUUUUCCUGCUUUGUGUGGUGGUGAUGUACGUACUGUGGGUGCAGGUGUUGGAUGUGGUGAAUGUUUACAUAGACCACCAACGCUCAACGGUGUGUCCAGACUUCCAGCUGUCCCUCAGCUAUGGUCUGUCUUUCAUGUUUGCCCCCAUUGGCAUCUUCUUCUGCCUCCUGGCUGGCCUUCUCUUCCUCCUCAUUGGCCGAACCAUCCAGAUUCACUAUCACUGAUUCUAACCAGCAGUAGUUUAGAGGAAGAAUGGGGUCUCGAGAUGUUUGGAAUAACAGUGUUUUUUUCUCUUUUCUUUUGCUCUUCUUCUUUUUUUUUUUGUUACCAGAUUAUAUUUGAUAUCAAUGUCUGCCUUGUAAAAGCAGGAGUCUGUAGAUACAAAGUGGCAGCUUUAUACUAUAAAUGAUGUGACAGGCCUGGACACUUUGUUCCAGGAUAAAAACAUUGCAGUCACUGUUGAGCUCAGAAAUAUAAUAAGAUUAUCAUAAUCACUCCACCCUGAGCCACAUUCAACUGAGCUUUGUUACAUACAGGUCUGUGUUCUCUGUUGGUAGUAGACUAUAUGAGGAUCUCAACAAACCUGAUCACACACAGUACAUAUACCUGUGGUGUGUAACAUUUUUUUGUUCAAAUCUUGUGCAUCGAUGGUUAUGAGGCUUAUGAGUGUAUAUUUUUGAAAUGCAAAAUUAACAGAAAUUGACUAAUGAUGAGGAAAAUUUUUAUUAAUUGAAGCAUCAUUUGCAUGGGAACAUGUUCCCCAGUAGAACUUUGUAUAGUGUUUUAAAACAACAAAACAACAACAAAAAUGUGUGCCUGGUGAAAAGCUUGUAACGUGUCAUGAUCAUUUUUAUAUUGUAUAUAUACAGCAGUGGGAGUCAGUGUUUUUGCAAAGAACACAGGCCCAGCAGCCUUUUCUCUAUUCACUUUAAAGGAUUAGGCUGAUGAUACUCUGUAUUUUUGUUACUGUCAGCAAAACAGUUUGUUAAUCUCUCUGUACUUUAUGACUUCCCUUCUUUAUUUAUGGCAUUCAGCUCCAGGUCCAUCCAUUUACACUGAAAAUGUAACUCUUUAGAAACAGAUACAGUUUCAUGUUUUUUUUUUUGUUUUGUUUUGUUUAGGAAAAUUAGGUCCCUGAAAUGGGUGGCCAAUGUAAUAUUUAGCAAACAGGAAUAACUAGAACAUGUGUUGGGGACAAUUUUUAGCUGUGGAUUAGAAGACAUUUGCUACUUUGAGUAUUUAUGACAGCAGAACAAUCUACGUGCACCAGCUAAGUAUAAGCUACAGAGCCAUGUCAACAUGUGCAACAGUGUGACACAGUUAUGUGUUUUUAAUAGCUUCUGGACAACAGCAGAGCUCUAUGGCACAGAGGAAUAAACUAUAUCAGUGAUUGGCUGCACAAAUAAUAUUUGUUAGUGAUUGUUAGUUUUGUUCUUUUUGUGGAUUUUUUGACACCAAGAAAAAUCAGGAAUAUCAUCAGACUUAUCCUUUAAUAUCAUCAAAUAUUCACAUUUCACUGAAUGUAUCAUGCUUAAUUUUUUCUGCAGUAUCAUUUUACUAUUUCUGUACAUAGCUUGACAUUGUGCUGUUUUUUGGUUGCCUUGUUCCAGUUUGACCAGUUUAUGGUUCAGCACUUUUAAUUCUAAGUUCAUCUUGAAGCAUGGAUGAAUUAAUUUUUUUGAAUGUUGCUUUUCUGUAACUGUUCUGUGUCCAUGUUGUUUUGUGAUUGUCCAUUUUCUCUGUUAGUUGUUAAGGGCUGCGUUGUGAGAUUCUGACAUGACAUCAAUCGGUCUGUGAUCCAUUUGCCAAUAAAAUGACAAGGUGAAGAUGA